CUUCCUCGCCAGGGAGGCAUUUCGCAGAGCUUGUUUGAGUGGAAGUGCCAAGAGAAACUGGGCCAAAACAAUUAAUCUCUUGUGGCUGACGUAAGAUACCUUUAAAAGUUUACUUCCGUAGAAUUUCUUGUUCUUGUCUGAGAGCUCACAGAAUGAGAGGGAGUGUUUAUUAACUGAGGUAAUUAUUUCAGCAUUUAGAAGCCUCAGUCAUGUUUCUGAUAUAGGACUGAGGUAGGGAGCUGCUCAAGCCUGGUGCUUUAGCAUUUACAGACUCGAUUUCUUGCUGGAGCACAGGAGGAAGUUCAUUGCCAAAAGUGCCAUUUCUUCUGUCGCUUGAGUUUCAUUUAGGUUGUAGCUGUUGAAGGAAAACCCUGUUGCAAAAAUACUUUGGUUUUUUUUCCUGUUCAGUUUUGUUCUUUUAUUACCUGAUGUGCAUUUGUGAACCUGCAACAUAGAUGUUUGGGUUGGAGAGAUGUGAAAAGGUGAAAGAGUUGGAAUGAAACAGCAGGGAGGAAGUAGGGUUGCUUCUUUUAGCUGUGGCGCUGUUUAUAGCAGAACAGCUUAAAAGUCCACAGGAUGCUGCAACAAGCAAUCACACAUUGCAGUAAAGUAGAUUUUAUGGCUUGUUUCUCCUUUCUGGUUCCUGGUUCUCUCUGCUCUCUCCCUCUGUCAGCUCCAGCUGCUGUGUAGCCUCAACUGGACUGGGCAGUACAUUUACCUGCCUGAUAUGGUGGAAAACUACCCCUGCAUGAUAAAAUAGUAUUCUCCCACUGGGGCACCUGACUUUCCCUGGAACUGCCCAGCUCUUAACUGGAUCUGGCCCAAGAAUGGGGGGUUAUGUGUGGUUAUCUGCAUCCAGAGUCCCUCUUGGUGUCUUUUGGUCUCUUAUCUUGGGCUUAGUCUGGCUACACUUGCUUGAAGUACCCGACCCUUCUGUGGUUCCUCACUAUCAGGCUGGUGUAGUGGCAUUUGGUCUUUCUGCCAUUAUUGAACUCCUGGGAGAACCAUUCUGGGUUUUAGCACAAGUUCAUUUGUUUGUGAGACUUAAGGUAAUUGCUGAAAGCCUUUCAGUAGUGUCAAAAUGCAUUUUGACGGUUACUUUAGUAAUCCUUUAUCCUCACUGGGGCCUUUACAUUUUUUCCUUGGCUCAGCUUUUAUACGUCAGUGUUCUGGUAAUGUGCUAUGUAAUUUAUUUUGUGGUGUUUUUGGGAUCUCCUGAAGCCACAAAGAAGUCAUUUCCAGUUGCUAGAGUGAAAGCUCUAUUACCUAGCUUCGUGGAAGAUGAGACCUUUGUUAACUUGAAGGAAGCACGCUUGACUUGGAGUUUCUUCAAACAAUCCUUCUUGAAACAGAUUUUGACGGAGGGUGAACGAUAUGUGAUGACUUUUUUGAACGUCUUAAAUUUUGGAGAUCAGGGUGUAUAUGAUAUUGUGAAUAACCUUGGUUCACUGGUGGCCAGGUUUAUCUUUUCACCUAUUGAGGAGAGCUUUUAUGUAUUUUUUGCUAAAGUGUUGGAAAGAGGGAAGACUGUAAAGGAUCAGAAGCAGGAUGACGUUGCUAUGGCUGCAAAUGUAUUGGAAUUGCUGCUGAAACUUGUGCUCCUGAUUGGCUUCACCAUCACUGUUUUUGGCUAUGCCUAUUCUCAGCUGGCUCUGGAUAUUUAUGGAGGCUCAAUGCUCAGUUCUGGAACAGGUCCAGAUCUCCUCCGGUGUUACUCGUUGUAUGUCCUGUUUCUUGCUGUCAAUGGAGUAACAGAAUGUUUUACAUUUGCCUUAAUGUGCAAAGAAGAAGUGGACAGGUACAAUUUUGUUAUGCUGGCGUUGUCUUUCAUAUUUCUGUGCAUCUCUUAUUUCCUGACCCACUGGUAUGGCAGUGUGGGCUUUAUCCUUGCCAACUGCUUCAACAUGGGCAUCAGAAUAGCUCACAGCACCCACUACAUCUAUCACUACUUCAGAGAGAGCACCCACAGACCCCUGACAGGCCUGCUGCCCUCACCAGCUCUGCUGCUGGUUUACAUCAUCAGUGCAGUGGUCACUGCUUUCUCAGAGGUGUUGUUCUGCUGUGACAAGGGCUGGAUGGCCAGGCUGAUCCACAUCAGCACGGGUGCCCUGUGCCUUGCAGCAACCCUCGUUGUGAUGUUCUGCACAGAGACCAAGCUCAUCCACUUUGUCAGGAGCCAGUUCCUCUCCCGCUAUUUGAAGAAAGGAACAUGACCUGCUCCUGUGCAGAACAGUUCUUGUAUGUGCUUGCAGUAAAGGGCUGUGUUUUUUCCAUAAGAUCUGUAUGGAAAAAAGGUUUCCAUGUGUGUUUGGGACCGUUGAUAAGGGAGUGGCAAUUAUGAUAAUUGCCACUUGAAUAUUAUUUUGUCUUCUGAAUUGGCCACUACAGCAAAAGAGAAGUGAAUAAUUUUCUCUUCAUGCACCAUUCUUUUCUAAGCUUUUCUUCAAACAGCCUCUGAAGAUCUAAGCUGCACCCUCUGACAUAACCUGUUUGACAGACUGCAUGUAGAGAGCUCCCCUUGUUGCCACUGGGCAGUGUGGGAAGGCGUGAUGUGAUUUAGAAGGCUCUUAUUUGUCAUGGGUGCUGCUUAACUGGAGAGAAAAUGAUCAGGGAAAAAUCCUCCUGAACCAACCACAACAAUAAAUGCUAUAAAAAUACCCAAAAGCUUGAGGAGAACCCUAGAGCAAGGACCAACACCAGUGUGAGUGUUGUGGAGCAGAACACGGUGUGGUGCAGAGGGAUUGAGCUGUCACUCUUUGAAGUGCAAAGUGAGGAACAGAAAAUCCUGACGUUUACAAGUAAAUUAAUGGAAUACACAGCAUGUGUUCCUGCUGGCUCUGUGAGAUUAUUUCAUUCAGCAGAUCUUUCAUGUCUGAGGGCAUUGAUUAACUUGUCAGAAAUACUCUGAAGCCUUAGCUGGAAGAGGUUUUGGGCAUUGUCUGCAGAAGGUGUUGAGUACAAUCACUAAUGGUGCAGUUCAUAAGAUUACUCAAUAAAUUUCUUACUUUCAUUCCAUUGUUUUUUGGGUUUGUCUGAGAUUUUAAAUGCCGGUAUGAACAAACUUGUCUCAACAAAAAUUAUUUUGUCUGUGCAAUUGAGUGCUAAAUAUAUUUAAUAAGAUUUUUUACAGGGAAUUAUGCAUAUUGAAGAUUUCUUUAUUGGAUAGUAAAUACUUCCUUUUGUUCAAAUGUUUUCCUCAUAUCUUGUUUCUUGUUCAAUCUCAACCUCUGGAUUGUUUUUGGCUUUUUUUUUUUUGAAUUGUUGGAAAUUUGGAUGUUCAGAAGUUCAAAAAUUCCAUGUAAGGCUGCUGGUUUAGGUGUAACCGUGUAUUGUAUUGCUGAUCUAAGAGCUGAACUGGGCAGUUUCAGAAUGUACAAGUGGCAGGUUUAUAAUGAUCAGUGUUCCCUUUGCAGUGUUUGAAUGGACCAAAAAAUGUCAAGGAAUGACAAAUGUGUGCAGUUGAAAGCUUUUAGUUUAAUUAUGUAGCAACUCUGCAGAUCCUCAGACUGUUUAAAAGAAAAUCCUCACAGCAAUGGUAUUGUGGAACUCAUUCUGGUAACCUCAGUGCCCAGGAUGAAAUGUUUUCCAGUGUCAGGGCCUUCAUUUUGUAGUCAGAAAUAUUUUCUAAGCUCUGGUAAUUCUCACUUGGAAAACAUUGCCAGAGAUACUUUAUAUGAGAAUUUGGUGAUUGAAAAAUUAUCAUAGAGAAGCCAAAACGUGAUAGUGAAGGGAAAGGGGUGGCCUUGCCUAGCAAAAGGCACUUGUCUCCAUUGCCUGGCUGGAAGGAGUAGAUACAGACUUGCUGAUUCUUCUUAUGCUGUUUUGAAAUCUGUCAAAGCUAAACAAACUGUACAUUAUUCUGUCUUCUUAAUUCAAUUCAGUAGUUCUUUGUCUUUUAAAUUUCUCUCUUCUGAGUGAUCCUACUGCUUUUUUUUCUCUUUUCUGUCAGGUAUGGAGUUAGUUAUGAAGUACAGCUUCAAAUAUUGCAGAGGGUUGAAACUUCUUUAUUAUGAAUGGCCAAAGCCUACAACAGUUGCUUUACUUGUUUAUAGUAUAAAAAAAUCAAGACAAUUGAACCAAUGGACUGUGUGUUAAGGUCUGUCUUUUUCUUUGUGUCUUUGGGAUCCCACUGUAGCAAUAUCUCAAUCUGUACAGUGAAUUUUUAUAACUCCUUGGAAUGAGAAAUUUUGUACAGCCCUGCACCUGAAGUGCUUUGGAGAUGGAAGAACUUCUCAUACAAAUUGAAACUUGAAAUCAUUCUGCUCUUACAGCCUCAGCUGUACACUGAUAUUAGUUCUGCUACUUGUAAUCUCAUAAGUAGGGUGAUGUGAGAUCUCCUUUAAACAGUGACCUGUGUAGUCUCAUAAAUAUUACUUAAUAUAAAUGCAGUGAAUUAAAGUCAACCAAUUUGUGUUAUUUCAUUGGAAAUAUGAUUUGUCAUUUUUCAUAUUGACAAAUCUCAUGUCUCAAAAGCAAUUUUACAUGAAUCAGGAAGACAUUUAAGGUGACUUAAUGACUGCUCAUUAGCAAAUUAAGGAACGUUCUUCAUGUAAACAUCAUCUGUAAGCUGCUCAGUGAUGGUUGACUGAUGUUUGUGAUGCAGGAUAUUUUGUUUUUAAUGUUUUAUGUGGCAGGAAACUGCAAGGAGAGACAGGAAGUAGAGACCUAUGAAACUGUCUGCUGGUUUCUUAUUUAUGAAUGAGAUCCUUAAUGUCAGAGCUGUUAAUUGCUUUAUAGCUAAAGCAGCAAACUCUCAAACUCAGGGAUAAAGCUAAGAUUGAUCUUGACUAUGUUUCCCUUUGGUUUAACCCUGUUCAUCAUCAAAGGCAUGACUGUCUAAAGUGUCAUAAGCUGUUUUGCAGUGUUCUGAAAUUUUUAGUUUCAGCCAAAGGGGAAUGAUACAUUUUCUUUGGUGGCAAUGGUUAUGAUUUCAUGCUUUGUGGUGCAUUUUUAUUUGUUGGAUGAAUAAUUUUCAAGGUGACACUAAAUAAAGUUUAUUUCCUUUA